UCAAGAUUGUUAACUCAUUUCUGUUUUCGCAAUUUUUCUGAGAAAUCCCAAUUCUCUCUGAUCGAAAACCCUAAUUCUUUCCAUGGAUUUCUUCAAAUCCGUUUUUUCAGACGACCCAGAUCCUCCAAGAUUCGACCCAGAUCCGGAAUCGCCCAAAAAACCAUCCCAAAGCGAAGAAGACGAUGCCCCAGAUGCGAAACCGGACCCUAACCCUAAUCCCAGUGCUGGCGGUGGUUGGAGCUUUGGGGGUUUAAUCAAAACCCUAACCACCAAAUCCGAAUCAGUUAUCGAAAUAUACCGUCGAGAUCUCCAGGAAUUUGGGACUGGCCUGAAGCAUGAAACGGCGGCGUUCCGUGAGGUCGCGAGCCGUGUCGUGAAGGAACUGCCGGCGUCGAUCGAGGUCGGCGCGUCUGAAUUCGGGAGCUCCGUGUUGAAAGGAACGGCCGAGAUCAUCUCACAUGGUAAGGAAGCUCUUCUAGCAGUUGACACCGAUACUGAUGAAAAUGCCCAGAAUCAUAGUAAUCAGGGUGUGAUCUCGAAACCGUUUAGUAGAUUUGAUGCUCAGGUUCGUGCAAUUCAGAAUGAUGUCAAUACAUAUGUUGAAGAACCUGAGGAUUUGGAUGAUUACAAAAAGUGGAAACUAGAGUUUGUGUUGGAUGACAAGGGUGAGGAAAUUCAGAAUUUGUUAGAAGAAAAUGGGGCUAUGGAGGGGAUUUACAAUCGGAUUGUUCCAAAAAAUGUCGAUCAGGAGACAUUCUGGUUUCGGUAUUUUUACAGGGUUUAUAAGCUCAAGCAAGCUGAGGAUGUUAGGGCUAGUCUUGUGAAGAGAGCUAUUAUGAGGGAAGAUGAGGAGGAGUUGAGUUGGGAUGUUGAGGAUGAAGACGAGGAUGAUGAGACUACCAGAGAGGUGGGUGGGAAGAAUUCUGAGAAAAUGGAAAAAGAAAAUAGAGAAUUGGGUAAUAAAGAUUACGAGAAAAUUGUGAAAAAGGAGGAGUCUGUUGAGGAAUCAGGAGUCGGGACUUCUGCGGUUUCUCUUGAAAAGGGAGAAAAUGAGGUGAAAGUGGAUGCUGGAGACAAGGGCAUUCUCACUAUGAGUAGUGAGAAUGUGUCCGUGUCCGAUGAGAAAAUGCAGUUGGAAGUGAAGAAGGAUGAAUUAGCAGUGCAGUCUGAUGAAAAGGUGGCUUUGGAAAGGAAAGUUGAUUCUGGUGAAUCUUCGAAAGAAAGCAGUGUUCAAGUUGUAGCAAGCCAAGCACCAGAGGAAGAAGAUCUUGGGUGGGAUGAGAUUGAGGAUCUCAGCAGCAGUGAUGAAAAGAAAGUGAAUCUUGGCAGCCCUGCAAACAGAGAUAACGUGCGGAAGCGGCUGAGUGCUGCAGAUGAAGAGGAAGACUUGAAUUGGGAUAUUGAAGAUGAUGAUGAACCUGUUAAAGCUUGAUGUACAUAUCAAGUUCAUAAAUGCUUGAAUUCAUUGCGUUCCAUUCUACUUUCCCCCAUAAUUUACGUGGUUUGGGAUAUUGUUUUUCCUUGUUCUUUCGUUUAUAAAUGCAAAUAUGUGAAUGUAAUGCUAGAAUUUGAAGGGUUCUUUUCCAACAUUGUCAAUAACAUUUGUGUCCAUCCAUCAGUUUGAAUAUUUUAGCUUUCUUGUUUCUCUUC